UACUUUUAUCGCUAAUACUCAAACAGAUAAUAUUAAAUUGUUUCUAAUAAAACUUUCCUUCACAUUUAUAACGGUAACGUGAUCUACUUGUACAAAUCCAAUUAUACAAGUUAAUUUGUAUAAAUUACACGAACAUGUAAAUCUAACUUGUUCUGAACGUGAACCUGUUUACACCGAGAGUACAUCUACAGAGAAAAUAUGCCACGCAUCUCGUUAACACAACCGCUAGAUAUCUCUUAAUUUAUUGCCACAGGUAUACAGUAAAUUACUCUUAAAUGCUAAAAAUCUCUAAUCAUCUAACGUUCUACGGGAACAUUUGCACACGGUUAGACGGGGUUGACAUUUUUAUCAGAGUCUGGCAAAACUAGCUGACCACGAAGGGGACGAUGCAAAGAAGCCCUUGAAAUACUUAUUUAACAGCUAAUCGAAUUAGCCUUCUCUCGUUUCCUGCUUGUUCCUCGAGUCAGCUAUCAUUUGGAGGUGAACAAUGGUCGCGAUACUUUGUUAGUUCUUUUGCAAACGAUUGUUCUUGACACCGAAUCAGUGCAUGUCUACCGUCAAGUUUUUCUAUCCAGUUGGGAAAGAACAUGGAGGUGUUGAUAGAUUGUUACUUCGACAAACUGUUCGCUGAAAUGGAGCGCAGUUGUUUAGCUUCUCGGUAUAAACGUCGUGAAAUGGUCGGUUACUUUUCAGACGUGAUAAACAGCUGCGCCGAAGCGGAGAACCUCGACAAGCAGGACGUCUGCGAGAGGAUAGUGAUGUCCGCUCUUCGCUACCACAAUAUCGCCAUGAUGGAGAACGGCUACGUCUGCAUGCUAGGUAAAUUCCACAACGUCCUCUACGUAGCCGCGAAACUGUGUUUCGACUGGAACUUGAACAACAACGAGAUCGUCGCGCGUCUGCUCAACGACAUAUUCUACUGCGAGAAGACGUUCGAGCGGAUUUUCGUGGGCGCGAUCUUCGGCAUACGGGUGACGCAUUUCCUGUCCGGAUGGAAGAGCGACUUCGAGGAUCGCGAGGAGAACAUCCGCGCGUUGGUGUACUUCCUGAAUCAUGCCGCCCUCGGACGUCUCGAGUAUCGGUGCGAGUCGUCGCCCAUGAAGAGACGAUUCAUCGACGUUCCCAUGGAAUCGUACGGGCAAGCGUUGCCCUUGAGAGUGGCCAUUCAACACGGUGCCCCGGAUAUUCUUUUGAUCAUGCUCCGUUACGGGGCCUCGGUCGAGUCCGACAAUCUGGCGCCCUCCCCUCUGGAGAUGCUGCUCACCAAGCUGAACGAAUACGAGGCACAACCGGGCCAGGAUGAGACAGCGUACCCGGAACAGCUGUUGCUCUGUCUCAGGCUGGUCCUGAGAACCGUGACAACGGCCUUCGUCAAAACGCCCAGUCACAUAGCUGACCAAAGCGGCGUUCUGAGCAUCUCCCUCUACGAACAGUAUCCAGCUUUGGUGGAACAGAAGCUGGUACCACCCGAAAGAAGCGGAUUGAGCCCGCCCGAACUGAGACACCUGUGUCGUUGCCGUAUUCGAGAGACUCUGUUCGAAAACUGGAAUCUCCCACACGGGAUCCACCAAUUACAGCUUCCCGAAUCGUUGAGAAACUACCUGGAUCUUCUGUACGAUUAGCGGUUAUCGAUAUACUAUCUGAGGAAUGUUUCAGAGAAACUGAGAUUCGUUGCUUGGAAUACGGAAAUUUUUGGGUCAUCGAGAGAUUCUUUCGAGGUUUACUUGAAGAUGAGGUCGUCGAUGUUAUUUGUGUGUAAAAUAUGGAGAUUUUAAGUUUGCCACUUUUGGAAGUAUUGGUUAAAUUUUUUACAAAUCAAGGUUUUAUAUUGUUGUAUUAUUUGAGCAUUAGCUCUUGGGAAAUGAAUAUUUGACGACGAUAAAAGGUAAUCGAAAGAAAGCAGAAGAAUAAAGUGCCUUAAAUUAUGUACAAUAAUUAACUUUUAUGUUAAUUCUAUCAUUUUAAAACUUUUCAAUGAAAUGUAAGGAACUUUUAAAGGUGUAGGUAUUUGGAACGCUUACGAACUUUGGCAAAGAUAUAAUCGAUUACAUGAUCCAAGGGAAUCUAUUGUUAGAAGAGUUUGACGCACGAAUGUAAGCGUUGUCUAAAAUGUUGUAAACUUUCUUAUAAGUUUCAGUGCGUUUCCAGUUGGUCACAUAAACCGAUUAACUUCCUGAUCGAACCAGAACGAUCCCAUAAAAUAAAUGACCGUGUAAACUUUGACACAGGUGUAUCGAAUUUUCCACUUCGUCUGAUACUUUACUGGAAGUUUACGAGUGUACGAUAUUCACCACGAUAUGUAACGAGUUUCUUCAAUAUUAAUACCGUGGUGGCAGACUUUCGAGUAGUAAAAGCAACUUGUACUACUUGUGGAUUUCCAUAACUUUGUAUUAUAAUUAUUUUGCGAAACGUUUCCUGCUAUACUUGUUUCAGAAAUAACGAAACAAGUCGAAUUCGUUGAUAAAUUGGAUUUGACGCAAAGAGGAAAUAAAUCGUGAAGGAUGACAUUAUAAUUCCAUCGGAAGUUGUACUUUUUGUCACCGGUUAUUGUGAAAUACCGACGGAAUUACGUGUUUUAUGCAGGCAAAGAGUUGCGAAUUACUCUCGAGAGAAAGCGAUAAAUUUCCCUUUCGAUGUUUUCCUUUACGCGAUUCGAUAUCGUUUUAUAAAUUGUGCAACCAGUUUAAUGCGUAAAUUGAAGCCAGUCAAUCUCGCAACGAACAACAACGUUACAAGAGCAUUAAACGCUCGGGAGUUUUGGUUGACAAGCGUGGCUGUCGUUUCAACUACCGUUUUGCAUUAAAUUUUAUCCCCGUGCGUCCAAUGAAUUUCCCACGGGGAUGAUGGCUCGUGAGCCAUUCUAGAUUUUCCUAACUUCACUCGUUUAACUGAAUUACCUUUCUGAUAAACAUUUCAUUGUCACGUUAUUGUCAGCUCUGACACGGUACCCUGUCGAUUACUGUCAAUUCGUCACGCUAAUUAUUCCUAAUAUUCCGCGUACAAUUUUCGAUUUAUUAUUUAAAGCGAAUUAAUUGA